CCACUAGAUCGCAGAAUAAGCAGCGGUUCUGUCUGUUGCUGUUACACGAACUUCUUCUGCAUCCUUUUCUAGACUUUACCUCCACUCACGUCACAGAUCACUGCAUUUAAACUCUAAAUUUAAACUCUAUAUUUAAACUGUAGAGCAUAAAUCAUUCAAUCUCCGUUCCUACCCCGAGCUCUAUUUGACCGAAUCAAUGAAUGACAGAUAAGACUGCAGGCCCCCGUGUCUAAGCGCAGUACAAAUGUCCAUAGCCUACUGUAGCCUAAAGAUGUUAAACAACUCAUAACCUUUGCUCACAUAGCCUUAAUGACGAGAUUAAAGCUAAUUGAUACCCUAGCAUCCUUUUUAUUCCCAAGCACAGGCGAGUUUAAUGUUUUGGGGAAAUCAUUCACUGUGUCAUGUAGCCUAUUCCUCUGACGAAAAGAAAAGAGGGCAGGAGUUACAACAGCUGGAUCAUUUUAGGGGCUGUUGCUGAGACAAGCCACGUUUUCAAGCAACUCAACCUAGAGCAGCCCGCGUUUAUGACAGAAGGCGUGUGUGAGGGAGAGAGAUAGCGCAGAAACACCUGGAUUACUGCUCACUCGAACAAACUUGCAACGUUACUGGGCCACAGCAUACUCUUGCAGAAAUCGUAGAGGAAAACACAUGUUUUUUUGUAUUCUUAUUUUUCAACUUCAGGACUAAGUUACUGAAUGUAAAGCCAGACUUUUAAGGACCUGGUGGUUUACAUCUUGAGGCACGGAAGGUUAAUUUGGUGGAAACAGACUAUGAAUCGCCUACAGCAGUUUUCUUAGAGGACUCCGGACAACACAAAUUCAACAUCUCACUGCGCUCUUGCGCAGACUCUGGCGACGGUCCUAGAGAGAAGCGGGAGCUUGAUCAUGUCUUUGUGGGUGAUCUUACCCAUCAGUUUGCCUGUCUUCAUCAUCACGGGAACAUGGGUGGUAUACGCCAUGGCUCUGUACAACCAACAUGUUUGCCCCGUGAACAACUGGCUGUAUAACCAGUCCUGUGAGCAGCCCCUACACUUACAGACUGAUCCAGUACUGUGCUGUACGCUGGAUAGCAUACCACUUAUCAGUAAGUGUGGAGCCCUUCCUCCUGAGAGCUGUUUGUUCAGCCUCAUCUGCAGCACCGGCUCCUUCAUGGUGAUGCUGAUAGGUCUGCUGCGGUAUGCCCAUGUGAUCGAUAAGCACCAGAAUGGCGUGCUCAACACGGCUGGUCUCUUCACUGGCUGGAUGUGUGCUGCAGGCCUCAUCAUGGUGGGGAACUUCCAGGUGGACUAUGCUAAAAUCCUGCACUACGUGGGGGCAGGGCUGGCGUUCCCCACCAGCAUGCUGUUUGUGAGUGUGCAGUCUGCACUGACCUACCGGCUGGCCAAGGCACAGGCGGACUACCACAUGGCUCACACGAGGCUAGCGCUGACCCUGCUAGCCUUCAUCUCUCUAGUGCUCAGUGGCGUGUUCUUUGUCCAGGAGAGCUUCGCCCUCCAGCACGCCUCGGCCAUCUUUGAGUGGAUCUUCGGCAUCAUCAUCUUGAUCUUCUAUGGCUCUUUCGCCUUCGAGUUUGACAGCGUGUCCAGCGACACCUUCAUGGUUCUGAUGCGCGGCGGCGGUGGCGGAUCUAGCCUGGUGGUGAUAGAGAAUAAAGCACCGAUGAUGAACGGCGGAUCUCUGUCUCCAGAUGGCGUCGCCAUUCUCUAGAAAAAAAGAAAAACCUUUGUGAGGUCACAAUGGCCUGGAUCAAUCACAUGACAUGACAGAGAGAAGAGAAGACUGUAGGACAAAGAGCCAAUCACGUGGCAGCAGACAUUCCGGUUGUGUUGCCCAUCAAGACAGACAGAGAACCAUGAUUUGUCCAUUGGACACAUGGUUGAGCUAGAUUUGUUUACCAGGAGUUGUCUCUUGCCUGAUGGACGUAGGUCAUCUACGAGCAUAUUGGGCCAAAUAACAGUAUGUCAGAUGCCAUAUUUCACCUACAAGGGCACUGGUCCAAACCACAGUAUGUCAGAUGCUGUAUGGCUUUUCUGUAAGUUCUCCAGUAAGGGUGCCAUAGCGAUGCUGUGCUCAUAGCCUCACUGGGAAUGAUGGACAUCAGCCAUGAGAGAAACUGCCAAGAAAGGUUCACAAGUGCCGAACCUUAUAUGACCUUAUAUGACCGUAUAACACAGGAAAUGCAAAUACAGAAGUGCCAAAGAACCUUUAAGCUCAAACUGGAAAGUGAAAAAAAACAGAGUGCCAUGCUACAAAGUGCCAUGCUACAGAUGCUACAUGCUACAGAGUGCCAUGCUACAGAUGCUACAUGCUACAGAGUGCCAUCCUAGAGUGCCAUGCUACAGAGUGCCAUGCUACAUAUGCUACAUGCUACAGAUGCUACAGAGUGCCAUGCUACAGAUGCUACAUGCUACAGAGUACAAUGCUAUAGAUGCUACAUGCUACAGAGUGCCAUGCUACAGAGUGCCAUGCUACAGAUGCUACAUGCUACAGAUGCCUAUUGCUUUGAAACAAGCCAAAUGUUAUUGAUCACACUCUUCAAUAUUCAGCUUCAUUUGAACAUUAUGUUAUCCAGUGAUUUUUAUUAAUAUUUGUAUCUGUCAUCUAUUAUCGUUUAUGUUUUUUGGUAAUAUAAUUUAUUGUAUGUAUGAGUAUAAGACUGACCAAAAGGAGAAUGUAAGAGCUUAAUCGUAUACUAUACCCUGAGAAUUGUAGGAAAACUGUUUUUUUUUUUUAAACACAGAUCUUCCCCAUCUAAAAGAGUUCCCAACUAUCUUCCAAUCGCUGUGUAAAGUGUAAAGUUACACUUUGUUUUCUACUUUCAGACUUUCAAUUUUUUUAAGCACCACUUUUUGGGGUUCAUCUUUACUUCUCACCAGAACAUUCCAUGGCCCUGUCCAAUCAGAGUCAGCUAAUUUCCUGCGUAGAGUUUUUGUCAGGCAGAGCAGCUGUUGCUCAAUCCCGCUACAAUAAAAACUCUUCCACUCAAAAA